UGUCAAACUGAGACGUCCCUAGAAAAAUUGUAGCCCAAUGCCGCAAUGUCUCAUAACGUGACAAAAACAAGGUGUGUUGCUGACUAUAAAUAUUAAAUUCUCCGUAUUCUGCGAGUUUGUCGGAUACCACAUGUGGUUCACUAACCGGGCUUUUAAAAAUUCAGCGCAACGUUAUCGUCGUCUCAGGCUUUGUCUUCAAACCGAUCGGAGAUUCCUGAUCAUUUUAAUGUUCGGCGUAGAUCACACUCACACCUUAAUAUUUUCACAAGGGAAAUGUGGACUUUGGUAACUAAAUACAAGUAUGUAAAAAUGCAGCUAGCCUGGUUUUGUCACAUAAUUGUCUUA